AUGACCAUCCUCUCCUCCUCAUCAUGCAUCCCGUCCAGCAUGAUGCGGUUCGUUCCUGCGUUUCGCGACGCAGAAAGCAAACUCCGGUUCAAGAUUGAUUUCUUCAUCCUCACGUUCUGCUGUAUCACCUAUUUCUUCAACUACCUCGAUCGCUCAAACCUCAGUAAUGCGUACGUAUCAGGCAUGAAGGAAGAGCUCGCCUUUCAUGGCAACCAGCUCAAUGUCAUCAACACCAUCUUUACCGUGGGCUACAUCCUCGGCCAGGUCCCCAGCAACCUGGCUCUGACGUACUUUCGCCCACGCAUCUUCUUCCCCGCCAUGAUCCUCCUGUGGGGCGGGCUGACUAUGAUUACGGCCGCGGUGCACAGUCCACAGGGGAUCAUGGCCAUCCGCUUUUUUCUCGGACUAGCCGAGUCAAGCACGUUUGUAGGGACGCACUAUAUCCUUGGAUCCUGGUAUACGGAGGAGGAGCUGGGCAAACGUAGCGGCAUCUUUACGGCAUCUGGUCUGGCAGGGACGAUGUUUGGCGGUUUCAUCCAGACCCGUAUCCAUUCGUCGCUGGACGGGGUCAGAGGACUUUCAGGAUGGCGGUGGUUGUUCAUUAUUGAUGGGCUGAUCACCCUUCCCAUUGCCAUCUAUGGCCUUCUUCUCUUCCCUGACACGCCGUCCACCACUCUCGCGCCAUAUCUCAGCGAGUCGGAACGAGCCUUGGCCAUUUCCAGAUUGCCUGUGACUAAUGCCGAGCGUGCUCCCUUGAAUCGGGCUUUUAUCAAACACUUGUUUACCACGUGGUACUGGUGGGCGUUUGUCAUCCUCUGGGUGAUCGCCGGCGAGACUGAGUCCUUCUCGUCUAACUCGCUUCUGGCACUGUACAUGAAAUCCCAUCCUACGAUCAAAUACACUGUGGCACAGCUGAACAACUAUCCAACUGGCGUUCCGGCCGUCGGGAUCGUCUCAACCCUCUUCUGGGCUACAUUGACAGAUAUCCUGCACGGCAAACGGUACUUGGUUGCCUAUUUCAUUGGCAUUACCGGGGUCGUGACCUCCGUCCUCAUUCUGACGAGGUUUGACUCAACCCCGACCGUGUUCGGGGCGUAUUACUGGGCCGGUGCCGUGUAUGCCUGCCAAGCUACAUUCUUUGCGUGGUGCAACGAUGCGAUGCGAUCGCAGGAUGCGCGGCAUCGGUCUGUGGUCCUUGCGAGUAUGAAUAUGGGGAAUAAUGCGGUCAAUGCGUGGUGGAGCAUCAUAUUCUACUCGGCGAACCUGGCGCCACGGUUUACACGGGGAAUGUGGGCGAUGAUUGGGUGUUCGAUUGCGUUGGUGAUAUGGGCGUCGUGGAUUGUGUUUAUGAUGGUCAGAGAGAAGUCUCGGCCGGAUGAUAGAGAGGUUAGGGAUUGUUCUACCGAACAGCCCAAGGCUGAAACAUGA